UUUUUAAAACUAACCACGUGCUUGGCUGUGGUAACCGCAUUUUGAAAACGUGCUCUGUUCUCUUCGUGCGCUCGCCCUGACGAACACGUAUUUUUGUAUUGUUUUCUUUCGUAAACGUGUUUCAAUAUAAACGAAAAUGACCAAACUAAAAGUAAAAACGCCCAGCAAAGCUACCCCAAAGAAAAAUAAUAAAGAAGUAGCAAAAUCACCGGCGAUUACUCCAAGUAAACUCACACAGAAAUCGCCUAAAAAGCAGAAGACUCCAGAGUCCCGCAAACGCGCCUCGAAAGCCGCAGAAUUGGUUGAAGAUGUGAGUAUCCUCAAGAAGAAGGCAAAGAAGGAAAAGAAUGGAUGGAAAAAGCAACCAGAACCAGAAAAAGAAAGCGAUUCUGAAGAAGAUGCCGCAUCUGUAAAUGAUGUUAAGGAAGAUAUUGACUCUGAUGAAGAAUCUGACAUUGAAAUGACUAAUGCAAAUGGUGGACUUAAUGAAGAUGCAGAAAAUUCUGAUGUAGAAGAGGACUCUGAGGGUGAAGAUGAAGAGGAUUCGGAAGCUGAGAAUGAAGAAGCGAAUGGAGAAGAAGCAAGUGAUGAAGAAGAAGAAUAUGACACAUCUACAAUUUCUGUUAAACCUAUCAGAAGCAUGACAUCUCCAGAAAUCAUAAAAGAAUAUUUUGCUAAAUGUGGCCAAAUUACAAACUGUCAAUUAAUAGUGAACCCUAACACUAAAAAACAGAAAGCAUUGAUUACAUUUCAAGAUGUUGAUGAAGCCAAACUUGCUGUGGCUACUUUAAGUGGAUCAUUAUUUCAGCAUUACAAAAUCAAAGUUCAACUUGUCCAAACAUCUUGUGGCUUUGCUGAAGAUGGCUCAAUUCUCAUCAAAAAUUUGCCUCAAGAUACUGGUAUUCAGUCAUCAGAAGUUCUUGACUAUGCAAAGGAUGCUCUGACUAAGAGUUUUGGCCCAGUUAAAGAUUUAUUGCUUUCAUCAGAUAUGCUUCAGGCUACUGUUCAGUUUGAGGACAAAGCAGCAGCCACUGCUGCUUUAGCAGCUGGUAGUUUCCAGUUGCUUGGUUGUAAGGUGGAUAUUGUUCCUUAUGGAGAUGCUGCUACUCCUACUGUGUCCCCUGACAUUAGAGUUGUUAUCUCUGGAAAAGUUGAUGACGUUACUGAAGAAGACAUAUUUAAAGCAAUUUCUAAAGUUUGUGAUGUUACACCGGAAACCGUCGGUCAGGCUUCAAAAACCCAUAUUACUAUUGGUGUUGAAUCUGAAGAAAAUGUUGUACAUUUGCUGGGAUUGAAAACCCUGAAAGUAAAGAAGAUUCAUUUUGAUAUCCUGCCCGACUUGGGUAGCAAACAUUUCUAUAAUCCUGUCACCAAAGUGUACGGCAGACAUCCAGCGGGUGUUUUCGUAGAGAAUCUUAAAGUGAACAUGGGUCAUUGGGAUAAAUACAAUGCGUUAAGCGUUUUCGGGCCCGUUCAACACCUCAACUCAAUUAAUAACAAUCACAGCGCAAUUGCUAUCUAUGAAAAGAAGAGCGAUGCUCAAAAAAUUCUGCUUGCUGAAGAGAUUUACAUUAAACACUUUCCUGUGUCUGUCAAGGCUGUUGAUGGCGUAUAUAAGCCAGUUGAGAAACCUAAGUAUGAAGUUGGGAAUACUGUUUACAUAACGGAUAAUGUUGAUCCUACGAACGUUACGAAAGUGAUGAAACAGAUAAACAUAAUGAAGUUGCCCAUUAUUCGAAUUGUUGAAAGUGACAAUUUCUUCAAACCGGCGUUCUUUGUUGAAUUUGAAAAUGCAGAUGACGCCCAAAAAUUCGUGGACGCGACAAUAGAAAUCGACGGAAAAGCAGUGCAUACUGAAUUUUACGAUCCGGCCAAACACGACAAAAGUACCGUACCUGAGGGUAUAGUUUUGGUGCAGAACCUGAAGUUAUUCACAGAGGAAGUUGAUUUGUGGAAGGCUUUCCACGACUUUGGCAAAAUCGCUAAUGUUAAGAUUCUAAUUAAUGGAAAACAACAAUUGAGAUGCGCAUUCGUUGAAUUUAAGGAGGCCGCCGGCUGUAAGAAAGCUGUAGAAGCUAAAGAAAUGGACGUCAAAGGCUCAAUUGUUACGAUUUCUGUGCCCACAACUACUGAGAUCGAUGAACUCCGCAAGAAGAUGAGAUUGAAUAGCCACAAAUUGUAUAACUACGUUCGGUACAACCGUCUUGAUGCACCGGGACGAGGAGGUUUUAAACCAUUCCGAGGAAGUUUCGCAACCAGACGGGGAAGUUUUUCACCAAGGCGAGGAGGUUUUAUGCCAAGCCGAGGAGGGUUUAAACCGUCGCGAGGAGGAAGAGGUUUUGCACCAAUCCGAGGGGGAGGAAGAAUGGCUACACCAACACGAGGAGGAGGAAGAAUGGCUACACCAACACGAGGAGGAGGAAGAGGUUUUGGAUCAGCGCGGGGAGGCAGAUAUAUGCAUUGAGAAUAAUUUUAAUUACUUCUAUACUUCUCUAUACAUCAAAGUUACUUGUAAUAUUUGUUGUUCCAAGUAUUACUUUCAUUAAUUGCUAUGAAUGCCUUGUUAAUGUUAUGGAGGUGUUUAUAAUAAUCAACAAAAAAGUGUGUUAACUGAACUCACAUCUGAGUUAUGAAUGAAUGCACAAGUUAUGGUAAUUGCCUACAGUUAUGUUAGUUAUGGUACUGUAGCUAUCAAUGAAACGCGAAUAUAUAUCCUACAUGCAGCUAA